CCACAUAAAGCAAUUCCAGCGCCGGAGAGCUGACAAGUGUUGCGCUGACGAGACUGAGUGCAGAACUCAGCUGGAGUCUGGCCAUGAUGCUGUGCAGUCCGCUUCUUGGAGCCCUGUUCACCAUCGUUGUGGGCUGCCUGUGUCUGCUCAAGCUGCUCAGGCACCGCGGGCCCCGGGAGCCACCUCUGGACAAAGGUCUCGUGCCCUGGCUGGGCCACGCCAUAGCUUUCCGGAAGAAUAUGUAUGAAUUCUUGAAGAGAAUGCGGGCCAAGCACGGAGAUGUGUUCACGGUACAGCUCGGAGGCCAGUACAUCACCUUUGUCAUGGACCCCCUGUCCUUUGGCCCCAUCAUUAAGGACACACAGAGAGCACUAGACUUCAGAGAGUUUGCACAGGAACUGGUGUUGAAGGUGUUUGGGUACCGGCCCAUGGAUGGGGACCACCGGAUGAUACACUCAGCCAGUACUAAGCAUCUGAUGGGACAAGGCUUGGAGGACCUCAACAAGGCCAUGCUGGACUAUCUGUCCUUGGUGAUGCUAGGGCCCAAAGGCCUGAGUCUGGAUGCCAGCUCCUGGCACGAAGAUGGCCUUUUUCGCUUCUGCUAUAGCAUCCUGUUCAAGGCUGGCUUCCUGAGCUUGUUUGGCUGCACAAAGGACAAGGCGCAGGAUCUGCUUGAGUCUGAGGAGCUGUUCACCAAGUUCCGCAGGUUUGACUUGCUUUUCCCCAGGUUUGUCUACUCCCUGCUGGGGCCCCGGGAGUGGGUAGAAGUGGGCCAACUCCAGCGUCUUUUCCACAAGAGACUCUCUGUGGAACAAAACCUGGAGAAAGACGGAAUAAGUAACUGGUUAGGCUGCAUGCUUCAGUUUUUGAGGGAGCAGGGAAUAGAUUCAUCCAUGCAGGACAAAUUCAACUUCAUGAUGCUCUGGGCCUCCCAGGGGAACACGGGGCCAACCUGUUUCUGGGCCCUCAUGUUCUUGUUGAAGCAUCAGGACGCCAUGAAGGCCGUACAAGAGGAAGCCACCCAGGUCCUGGGUGAGGGCAGGUUGGAAGGCAGAAAGUCCUUUGCCUUUACACUGAGUUCCCUGAAUCACACGCCAGUGCUAGACAGUGUGAUGCAGGAGACCCUGCGGCUGGGCGCUUCCCCCACUCUCCUUAGGAUGGUGCAGAAGGAUUGUGUCCUAAAGAUGGACAGUGGGCAAGAGUACCAGAUCCGCCGUGGAGAUAAGGUGGCUCUCUUCCCCUACCUCUCUGUGCACAUGGACCCCGACAUCCACCCCGAGCCCACAGUCUUCAAGUACAAUCGCUUCCUCAACCCUGAUGGCACCCGGAAAGUGGACUUCUACAAGUCAGGCAAGAAGAUCCACCAUUACAACAUGCCGUGGGGCUCAGGCGUCUCCAUCUGCCCUGGCAGGUUCUUUGCCCUCAGCGAGAUGAAGAUCUUUGUCCUACUAAUGGUUAUGUACUUUGACUUUGAGCUGGUGGACCCCGACGAGCCUGUGCCCCCUCUACACCCGAGGCGCUGGGGCUUCGGCACCUCACAGCCCAGCUAUGAGGUGCGAUUCCGCUACCGCCUGAAACCCAUGCACGCAACGUCUCAUAGGUUGUCACGCUCCGUGAAAGAUGCUGUCUCCCCGGAGGAUUUCGCCAGACCCUACUCUCAGGAGGAGCACCCACGAACACCUCAAUUUCAACCUGCAGCGGGUGUCUCAUCCUGGCGGACAAACUGAGCUUGCGUGAGUCAAGCAGCGUCUGGAGAAUGCUGCCUCAAACCCGCCUGCCCGCUCCAUUCAGUGCCCGUACUCUGCACCCUGGAGGUGUUUUCGAUGGCGUCGAGCCAUGUGUGUGAUUAUUCCUAAUAAACCGGCUAAGAGAAAGCAAA